CAACUGUCGCUGUCGCCCCUUCGGCUAGCAUGUACCGACCAAGCUAAACUACGUACUUAUUGCAUGAUGUCGUGAGGAGAAGGAGAACCAGGGCGUUCACUGUAUAGUUUAUUUUUAUUUCUAGAAACGACAGUUCAAAGCUGCAACGAAAUAAACAAUUUCUCGUUCUGUGCUGCAGUGGCCAUUUUUUUAAAAAUGGACAACUGCCUGUCAGCUACCAGGCUAAUAUAGCAACACGACGUUUAGAUUCAUUCCUUGCUAGCUAAUCGACCUGUGGAUAAACUGUACACACUGACAAAUAACAUGGCAGAGUCGUCGCCGCUGUCAGGUGUUAAUGUUGUCCUGGUUAUGGCUUAUGGAAGUUUGGUGUUUGUGCUGCUGUUCAUCUUCGUCAAAAGGCAAAUCAUGCGUUUCGCGAUGAGAUCCCGCAGAGGACCCCAUGCACCGAUUGGCCACAAUGCACCUAAGGGUUUGAGGGAGGACAUAGACUCCAGGCUGUCCAAGGUCCAGGAGAUCCGUUUCGAACCUCGUCUCCUAUCUGAAGAAGACGACAGGCUGAAGCAAGGAUCACAGAUUAGUUGCUACAAUUACCUGUACAGAAUGAAAGCCCUGGAUGCCAUCCGAGACUCAGGUGUUCCUCUGCAGGAGAUAAGCUGCAGUCCCAGUGCGUUUACAGGACGCAACUUCAGGAGCUGGCUGCUGGAGUUGCGCAAUUCCCACUCUCUGAUCAAGAGCAGCCGCAGCGCGCUCAUCGACCGUUUGCUUGAAGGCUAUGACAGCGCUCGCCAUGGGACUGGGGUGUUUGGGGAAGCUGAGUUUCUUGAAUACCAGCAAGCUCUCAACGAACUAGCUGAUGUGGUGAAGGCCUAUUCCAGCACCACCAGCCUGGACCAGCAGCACCAGUCCGCAGCCAAAGACCUGACAGGCUCUCCUGUCCGGGGCACUCCCUCCACCAUCCAGGUCACCUACCUGCCCUCCACUGGCCAGCGCAGCAAGAGGCCCAAACACUUUCUGGAGCUUAAAAGUUUCAAAGACAACUACAACACACUGGAGAGCACUCUGUGAGAGAGACUGCUGUUACAGGCUGAAAAUGUUUGUAUGGUGUGUUGAGCAUGUGUGUAUGUGCGUUUCAAGUUGAGCUUGAAACACACAUCUUCUCCUUACAGUACAUUCAGAUAGGACAAUGUCUAAUGUGAGCAUUUCCAUACAUGAUAUUUUUCAAGUAUUUGAAAAGAGUUAUGUAGACAAAGAAAUGUCUAAUUUUAUAACAAUAGUUAAAAUCUUGCUAUCACAAGAUUUUUUCAUUUAUUAUGGUAAGGCCAUUAUUUACAUGUGUAUGUGCUACACCAAGGCCUUUAUUCUUAUUUUGGACCUAAUGAGCGUGUUCAGAGGACAAAUGUGAUUGUAGCCAACCUGGCAAGGUUGUCAUUUUCAUUUUUGUAAAAAAAACCCAGCAAGAUCUGUUGCAAAUCACCUGGAUUCAUUUUUACUUUUUCUCAAAAGUCCAAAUGUAAAUCUUUAGUGUACCUUUCUAUUUACUGUGCAGUGUUUUUUGUACAGAUGUAAGAUAUUUAUAUGAACAUUCAUACCUUAUUUAAGUCAUGUUGUUUGAUUUGUAUUUAUGUAAGGCUGUAAACUUCUGUGGUUUGAUAAAAGCCUUCAACCCA